GCCUUUCAUUCCUUUGUUUUGUUCCGCGCUCGUCGGCCGCUCGGGCCAGCUGUCUGUUCGCUCCUCCACUUCGGGUUCGGGCCCGAGAUCUGAUCAGUUUGUUGUCGUUGAGCCGUUUGGACUGUUGCGUUUCGAUCGUUUUGUUUAACUCCUCUCGCACACGUCGACUGCGGUGGGACGCGCGGACCGCUAGGCAGUGAUAAGCGGCAAGUGAUAGUGCGAUUUCUGCUAAUUUGCUCAUUGUUCGCGACGUGCCCGAGGUGAGCCUUCCUAAUCCGCUUCAUUGUGAACUGACGCGGGACUCUUGCUUUGCUUUGUUGUUGCGUUCCGCGCCCCGCUGUGAUUUGUUCCGUUUCCGUGUAGCCCUGGUCGAAAAGUGAACGUACACUUCCGAGAGCGAUUGUGAAUCAAGGACGUUCAACGACUUCUGACUCACCUGACCGUUUGCAACUGGUUUCGCCUCCUCUGUUCGUGGCUAGAAUCCGCAACCGUCUCCAUAUGACAGCGAGUGGAGACCAGCCCACCUGAGAAACAACCCGGCAACAACGAUCUUUACCCAAGGCACGGCGUCCACAUAUGACUUGAUUAGCCGAGAAUAGUGUCUUCAUAAGCCACCAUGGAGUUUUUUCGUAAAGCUUUGAAAAAGAUAAAGUCUCCCCAAGCGCCACAACUCAUCGAUGACCUGGAAACUGAAGAAGAUUAUAAGAAAAGAUGGCUUUCCAUAAGAAUUAUUUAUUUCACAAUGUUUCUAAUGUCACUAGGAUUUAGUAUUGUACUAACAGGCAUAUGGCCAUACUUAGAUAAGUUAGAUCCAAAUGCGGGAAAAGAAUUCAUGGGGUUGAUAGUUGGCGCCAAUCCGCUCGGACAAAUGCUCUUCAGCCCACUUUUCGGAUGGUGGGGAAAUAAAGCGGGAUCGAUAAGACUGCCACUGUUGUGUUCACUUAGUUUAUUUACAUUUGCGAGUGCUGCAUAUUCGUCACUGGAAGCUGUGACCGAUAAUGUGAAGUAUUGGAUGUUGAUUUCAAGAUUUUUAAUUGGUGUAAGUUCAGCGAACAUUGCGGUAUGCCGGUCAUAUCUGUCUGCUGCCACACGGUUAAGUGAGCGGACAGGAGCAGUUUCGAUGGUUUCACUGGCUCAAGUUUUAGGUUUUAUUGUUGGUCCUGGUCUUCAGGCUGCCGUCACACCAUUAGGAGACAAAGGGGUUGUGCUAAUACCGAAGGUUUUGAUAUUAAACAUGUAUACAGCUGCUGGCUGGAUAAACGUAUUCAUGGGUAUAGGAAACAUCAUAAUGUUUCUGCCAUCUAUGUUUCAGGAACGAAAAAUAGCGGCGAGAGAAGUGAUGGUUAUGCAAGGAAAGGGAUCGGAAAAGGAGACAUGGAAAAGCAUCAAACCAGAUUAUGUAUCAGCUUGGACAUUAAUAGUAGCAUUCUUCGUUCUUGUUUUUAAUUUUGUUUUACUCGAGACGCUUGGCACGUCACUGACUAUGGAUCAAUUUGCUUGGUCCAAAACAGAAGCUCUUUACUACAUGGGAAUUUUGAUGUCGGUUGGAGCUAUAGUUGCUUGCAUUACAUUUGUAGCAAUUGGACCUCUCUGCAAAAGGUUCCCAGAACAACAAGUGCUGAUCUGGGGUGGAUUUUCCUUGAUGGUUAUAGGCAGGCUUUCAUAUAUACCAUGGGGAGAUGCGCCUGCUAAAAUAGCCGAAACAUACAAUGCGACAUUGAAGGAACCAAAUCUUGCCAACAACUUUACAGCAAUUUCACCGGAUGAUCCUCGAUUUUUGGGAUGUCCGGAGUCACAAACGUGGUGUUUCGAUACUCCCGCGCUAACUAUAACUCAAUUUUUGUUGGGCUACGCAUUCACAUCCAUAGGCUACCCUAUUGGUGUUACAUUAAUUCAAACGAUUUUCUCAAAAAUUCUUGGACCCCGACCGCAAGGUGUAUGGAUGGGACUGAUGACCGGUUCUGGAUGCCUUUCACGUGUUAUGGGACCAGUGUUUGUAGGCUCAAUAUAUACACGAUUAGGUACAUACUGGACAUUUGGUUUCACAUCAGUUAUGAUGUUUGUUUCCAUGAUUUGGCUCCUAAUAUUUAGUAAUCGCCUAAUUCCGCCGAAUUUCGAGAAGCCUUCUGUAGAAAUGCAAGAGUUGAAUCCAAAAGUAAACAAUGAAAAUGAUAUUGAAAAUAAUGUUAAGAGUUGACUGACAUAAAAGACUUGUUUUUUACUAGCUAUAAUGUUAAAUAUUUUGAAGAUAUUGUAUUUUCUAGCAACUAAAGUGCAAAAAAAAAUUGAGAAAAAAUGCUGUAUAUAAUUUUGACGACGCGAAAUCAAACAAUAAGGGAAUAUAUUGUUGAAUGAGA